GGAUGAGUGAGGAUGAACAGAUAUGCGGCUGGGACAGAAAAGAACUCCUUAAGGAGGUUGUAUUAAUACUGGGUAAGUUCACAUCGAUACCUGGUGCAGACGUUACUAAUCAUUGCCAGGAAAAUUCCGAGAUCUGCAAAGGUUAACUGUUCAGUACGCAAGGGUUUUGGGAAUGGAUGAUGAGGAAAAUGGGGCCUGAACUAUUUGCACUUGAUCAUUUGCGAUGGCGUUCAGGUAGCAUUUGCGGAGUUUCAAUGUUCGGGAUGGAGGGCGUCCGCAGACAUUUGUGUAGGUAUAUGUGGUCUCGGUAAUAACGAUCCAGGUUGCUCCAAAAGAAUGGAAUUAUUACCCACAGCAAGUGCGACUGCACUUGAAGUGAUGGCUUGCUUCUAGUUUAGCAUCCUCCCGCCUCGUUCCUUCCUUGUGACCCAAAAUGAGAUAUAAUGUCCAAAAUCGGACUGCGGAACCUCAAUCAUGGACGAUCCAACAAUGCCUGACCGCAACUUUCGCUCGUUCAACAAUCGCGCACUUCCAUACACUCCUAUUCGUUCUGUGACUACUGUCUCAUCAUUGAACAGUAACUGGUCUUUCAGGUCUGUUUCCUCGGCUUCCAGCACUGACUCCUCAACAUUCUGGAAGACUCCUCCGAAGAAAUGGAGACCGUCAGCAUGCGGAUUUAGGCGUGUAUCAAUCCCUGGUUUGACUAUUUUGCAGCAUCACAUCUCUUCCCGUCGCCUAAUUCUGUUGACCAUCCUCUUGGCGUUGGUAUUGAUGCGAUUGAUCCUGCUUCCUACAUAUCACGACUCGAUGCCCUCGACCGUUCACGACCUGUCAGCGUUUCAACCUGUACGAGCUACACUUCCUUCUACAGACAAGAAGAAACCAGAUCCGAUACGAUGGCUGAAAGAGAACUCGAAUAAUAGAUAUGCGGUGUCGAGAAGGAGUCCGCCAAACUUUUCACUUCUCCAUAGCAGCAAACCUCGAGCAGCAUUGAUCAGCCUUGUCAGGAACUCAGAGCUAGAGGGCAUGAUGCAGAGCAUGAGACAGCUCGAGUCCAGAUGGAAUAGGAAAUACCAGUACCCUUGGAUAUUUUUCAAUGACGAACCUUUCACCGAAGAAUUCAAAGCAGCUACGCGCAAUUUGACAUCUGCGAAAUGCUACUAUGAGGUAGUUCCCAGAGAACAUUGGUCACUUCCGGAAUGGAUCGAUGAAGGGCGGUUCAUGAAUAGUCUUGAAUAUCUUGGAACGAUUGGGGUUGGGAAAGGAUGGAUGGUCAGCUAUCACCAUAUGUGCCGCUGGAACAGCGGAUUCUUCUACAAGCAUCCUUUUCUCAAGAACUAUGAUUGGUAUUGGAGAGUCGAACCCGAUGUUCAUUAUUUCUGCGACAUUGAUUACGAUGUUUUCCGAUUCAUGCGUGAUAACAAUAUGAAGUAUGGCUUCAACAUGAACAUCCUCGACGAUGCACGCUCCUUCCCCUCCCUCUGGACACGAACAAGAGCUUUUGCCACAGCUCAUCCACAUCUCAUCCACCCGGAAGCAGAUCUCGGGUGGCUCCUCGAUUCCACGAAUGGCAAUGAAUACAACAACUGCCAAUUCUUUUCCAACUUCGAAAUUGGUUCCCUCAACUUCUGGCGUGGCGAACCAAACGAAGAAUAUUUCAACUGGCUUGACGAGGCUGGCGGAUUUUACUAUGAACGCUUUGGCGAUGCUCCAGUCCAUACUUUGAGCGUGGCGAUGUUCGCACCGAAGAGCGAGGUGUGGUUUUUCAGAGACAUUGGGUAUCAGCAUGAUAUCAACCACCAUUGCCCACCUCAUAGAGAGGGGAAAUGUAGCUGUCAACCGACGAGAAUGGAUGAGAAUUUCUACAAAUUGGUUCCGCUUGAGAGUCCACAGAGGAAGCCAGCCGAUACUUGUAUUCGACAAUUUCUAGGAGGCGAGUGGUUGAAGAAGAAGAAGGGGUGGACAAUGGAAGGGGAGAAAGAAUUUGGUGGGGAUGGAUAUCAUGGGUAUGAAAUGCUUGGGGAUGAGUUGUGAAGGGUAGGAUGUGUAUUCAGAAUCUCUGUUCUCGUCGUGUUUGAGAUUCAUCGAAACCAUUCGAUAGAGGAGUUCCCGGGGAGGUGAAGCAAGGCCUCCUAUAGGUAUAAGGAGUUGUUGCUUUUAAUGUCCUCCCGGGUCUCAUUUCCUGCUCCCCCACUUCUCUCGGAUUCACUUUUCCUUUGCUUCAAACAUAGUUGUUGGAAUGAGAGCCCGGCGG